AUGGAGGACGGUCGGCGGGAUCAAGAUGGCUGCAGAAGAACAGCGCGCUCCAGGAGUCAAGCUUCUCUUCUGGUGAGACAGGAACUGACAGAGUGCGCCGGCCAUGCGGGAAGACGAACGUCAGUGGAGGCAACGCGGGCCGCGUACGUGACGUCAGUGUGCCGGAGCGUGCCGACGUCACAGGCCCUGCCAUCUUUGAACCUGGCAAACCGGUCCGGAGAAAAGCGCCGGGAGUCGUGGAGGGUAGGCAGCCGCGUGCACGGUCGGGUGAUGGCGGCCAAGGUAGUGGUCGGCCGCAAGAGGCGGAGGAUGGCGGCCUGUGGAGAGGUCUGCUGUGUGCAGAGGAAGAACCAGCCAUGGGAGAGGAGUCCAGUUUAG